AGUACAAGAACCCCAACCUCCGCGUCCUCUCGGCUCCUCCUCAAACCGAAACCCUAGCCCUUCGAUCUCAGAGGCCAUCAGAGUUGGAGCCAUGGCGACGAAGGCUCUCUCGCAGAAGGAGCAGGACAUCCAGAUGAUGCUCGCCGCGGAGGUCCACCUCGGCACCAAGAACUGCGACUUCCAAAUGGAGCGUUACGUCUUUAAGAGAAGAUCUGACGGUAUCUUCAUCAUCAAUCUCGGUAGAACUUGGGAAAAGCUUCAGCUGGCAGCUAGGGUUAUUGUUGCCAUUGAAAACCCCCAAGACAUCAUUGUUCAGUCUGCUAGACCUUAUGGACAGAGAGCUGUCCUGAAAUUUGCACAGUAUACUGGUGCUCAUGCUAUUGCCGGAAGGCACACACCUGGAACCUUCACUAAUCAGCUUCAAACAUCCUUUAGUGAACCCCGUCUCCUCAUUCUCACUGAUCCUCGAACUGAUCACCAGCCAAUUAAGGAAUCUGCUCUUGGAAACAUUCCAACUAUUGCUUUCUGUGACACGGAUUCACCAAUGCGAUAUGUUGACAUUGGAAUUCCGGCCAAUAACAAGGGGAAGCUCAGUAUCGGUUGCCUCUACUGGUUGCUGGCUAGGAUGGUUCUGCAGAUGCGUGGUACUAUUGCUCCUGGGCACAAAUGGGAAGUAAUGGUAGACCUGUUUUUCUACAGAGAUCCUGAGGAGGCCAAGGAGCAGGAAGAGGAGGCUCCUGUGGCUCCUGAAUAUGGUGCAGUUGCUGAGUACACAGGAAUGAUACCAAAUGACCAAUGGCCUGUUGAGCAAUGGGCGCCUGAUACAGGAGCUGUACCACCUGUUGUUCCUGCAGCUCCUGGAGUUGAUUGGGCUUCUACUCAAGGUGUUGUAGCAGCUGACGGAUGGGAUGCUGCUGCCGCUCCGACUGUGGAUGCUCCUCCUGCUGCCCCUGCCGGUAGGGAUGGCCAGCCUCCUGCUGCUCCUUCGGGCUGGGAGAGCUAGGCUUCAAAUGGAAUGCAUUUUCUCAGAAAAAGAAAAGAGAAAUUAUUGAUUAUGAACACACCCCUCUCCCCCACCCCCACCCGCCGCCGACCACCCCACCCUUUUUUUUUUUUUGGAUUUCGAGUUGCUGCAUGAGUAUGGCGUGGACUGCAGACUGAGUUCUUCAUGGACAUUAUGGCUGGAGGCUUAAUUUUUGCUUUUAUGUUAAAUGGGAUUAAAUUCUGUAAGCAGGAUUUUGGAAGAAGUUCGGUUUUAUUAUGUUAUUCUUUUGAUUACAAUCAAGAAAAGAUGUUGCUCCUCUAUUUUUA